UCAAUCAACGCACCAUACUCUCUUCUUUUCCUUUUGUUUACCCACAAAUCUUCCGUCGUUUUCUUCACUAUCGCGGAAUAAUAAUACGGUAUAAUGACAGCGCCACCCACGGCGGCGAUCACGGCAGCUUUACGAAAUUGUUCAUUGAAUCACGAAACAACAACCACCGGCGUCGGCUCUUUAGAAGAAGAAGGAAAAAUAAGGAGGCCAAUGGCACCAAAAGAUAACGACGACGUGCUUCAAAACGGCACCGUUUCCGGCACUACCUUGGACCUCAACCCCCAUCUCUCUAUUCCUCAUUAUAGGGAACAAUGCCUAGUUCUAGAGACAGGAGAGGAUCCAAAAACGGCCGCCGAGUACGGCGGAGAUUCUUACUCAGAAAAUGACGAUGACGGCGGCGGCGACGACGAUGAUAAUAACUGGUAUGACAGUGAGGAAUCAUCUCCGUCUUCUUCUUUUUCUUCUUCAAGAGAUUACAAAAACGACCACCACAGCCAUGGAAUCGAGGAAGAAAACGACGACGUUUUGGUCGUGGCCGGUUGUAAGAGCUGUUAUAUGUAUUUCAUGGUGGCUAAGAAAACUGAAGGUUGCCCUAAAUGUAAUGGUCAACUUCUUCGUUUUGAUCAUCACCAUGAAUGAACCCAGAUUUGAAUUUUUUAAAUUUAUUUUUUUUCUUCUCACUUAAUCAAAAAAAAAAAAUUCCCUUUACUUUAUUA